AUGGAAAAAGGAUUGUACGAAUGGGCAGUUACUCUAAUGGGACUGAAAAGAUUACCAACAGAAUUUGUACACUUCAUGACAUAUGUUUUGAUACAGUACCUUAACAAGUUCGUUGCAGUAUACUUCGACGACAUCAUUGUAUACUCAAAGGACCCAAACAAACAUGAAGGACAUGUACGGCAAGUUAUGACGACACUUAUGGAACCGACCCAUGACAGAACUCCUGAGAAAGGACGAAGAAUUGUAUGGAACGACAAACGACAAAAAGCAUUCGACAAGCUUAAACAACUAGUCACGAAAGCACUGAUUUUAGCACUGAAUGACCCAGAAAAACGAAAGAUUAUCAGACCAGAUGCAUCAGGAUAUGCACUCGGAAUUGCAUUUGAACAAGUGGGAAGCAACGGUAUUGUGCAAACUAUUGCCUUCUACUCAAGACAAUUCACCGCAGCAGAAAUGAACUACGACGUUCAUGACAGAGAACUACUCGCAAUAGUGGAAGCAUUCAAGCAAUAG